GUGGGCGGGGCGUAGGCAGCGGCGCGGCGAGCUAGGGCUUGUCCGGGAGCGCGGCAGUGGGGUCAAACACCGCGCGGCGGUUGGGCGGCGGGCGGCUCAGACUGGCGGGUGAGGACUCGGCGAAGUGGCUAGGCUGAGGCAUGAGCGCCUGGCUGCGUGGCUGGACCCCAUAGCACCUCCUGGGACAGAGUGCACGCCCACACAUGGUUUGGCCCUGCCACAACCGGUGACCGGAGCAGUCCGGGCCGCCACCAUGAUGAAGUUGUUGGUGGCCAAAAUCCUUUGCAUGGUGGGCGUGUUCUUCUUCAUGCUGCUUGGCUCCCUGCUCCCCGUAAAGAUCAUCGAGUCAGAUUUUGAGAAGGCCCAUCGCUCGAAAAAGAUCCUCUCACUGUGCAACACCUUUGGAGGCGGGGUCUUUCUGGCCACAUGCUUCAAUGCUUUACUGCCCGCCGUGAGGGAAAAGCUCCAGAAAGUCCUGAGUCUCGGGCACAUCAGCACCGACUACCCAUUGGCUGAGACUAUUGUGCUGAUGGGCUUCUUCAUGACUGUGUUCCUGGAGCAGCUGGUCCUGACCUUCCGCAAGGAGAGGCCGGCCUUCAUCGACCUGGAGACGUUCAACGCCAGCUCAGAUGCCGGCAGUGACUCGGAGUAUGAGAGCCCCUUCAUGGGCGGCCCGCGGGGCCACACGCUCUAUGGGGAGCCCCAUGGGCACAGCCACGGGCUGAGCGUCCAGGAGCUGUCGCGCUCCAGCCCAAUGCGCCUCCUCAGCCUGGUGUUUGCUCUGUCAGCCCACUCCGUCUUUGAGGGCCUGGCCCUGGGCCUGCAGGAGGAAGGGGAGAAGGUGGUGAGCCUGUUUGUGGGUGUGGCCAUCCAUGAGACGCUGGUGGCUGUGGCCCUGGGCAUCAGCAUGGCCAGGAGCUCCAUGGCCCUGAGGGAUGCGGCCAAGCUGGCCAUUCCCGUGAGCGCCAUGAUCCCCCUGGGCAUCAGCCUGGGCCUGGGCAUUGAGCGCGCCCGGGGAGUGCCAGGCAGCGUGGCUUCUGUGCUGCUGCAGGGCCUGGCGGGUGGCACAUUCCUCUUUGUCACCUUCUUUGAGAUCCUGGCUAAGGAACUGGAGGAGAAGAGUGACCGGCUGCUCAAGGUCCUCUUCCUGGUGCUGGGCUAUGCCGUCUUGGCCGGCAUGGUCUUCCUCAAAUGGUGACCACCCUGCACCCGUCAUGGUUGCCCUACCCCCACUGGACCUGAGUCCCGCCAGACACAGGCCGUGGACCCGCCCUGCCAACCCCAGGGGACAAGCUUGGGCCCAGGCUGCGCCUGCGCACAGAGGGGCUAACAGGGACCACGCUGAGCCCCAGAUCUUACACCCUGAACCAUGGGGCACCACUACUCCUUUUUCAGAUACUUCACUUAAAAAGUGUUUACCAAA